CUAAAGGGUAAAGGUCAUUUAUUAAUAAGGCAACAGACAGUUUCUAACUCGUAGUCUAUAGUUGAACAAAAAUGGACCUACCGAAGGCUAGCCUUAUAGCGCAGGUCCAAGCCCCCAUCCAACAAAUUUUACGCCCUGCGGUAUGGAUACCUGGACUCCGAAAUCUGCACAGUCAUCAGGAAAAAUGGAAAUUUAAAAGUGAUUCUGUUAAAGAUAACUUGGAUGCAAUACUACGUGCAGUGGCUGAUGUUGCUAAAAAAUACAGAAAUAGAUCUUACUGGGAUAUACACACAAAUGAAUUGCAGGUUGCGCGUGGGUUUCUACGAAUCUUUGUGUAUACAAAAGCAGAGUGGCUGGAUAUCAUAGAAAUCAGCUUGCUGGGCAAAACUGCAGAGGUCUGGUCUUUUUCUUCUGGAUUCCUUCCCUUGAUUGUACCCUUUGCAUGUAUUUUAAAUGUGCCCCUGUUCUGGAUCCCAUUUGCAGACAUGGGACUCAACAAGAAGAGGAUUGACCAGAUAGUCGCAGCCAUGGACCUUACAGUCGACAGACACUGAUGGUUUAUGUAUUCUAUUAAUGAUGGAGUUAUUUAAUUUUUUAAAAUGUAUGUUGUUUUUUUUUUAAUUUUAUUUUAACUCAGGAGAUAAUUAUUUAAUGUGAGUUGUGAAGCCUU